UCUCUCCUAAAACGAAUGAAUGAAACGGUUUGGGAAAGAAUUCUUCGGGAACCUAUUACUACAUGGCGACUAGAGCCACAAAAGGGCGCGGGAGUGGUGAGGCGGGACGUCAUUGUGACGGUGGCGGGCGGCCUGGCACGGAACGGAGGGCAGAAAGCUCACGGCUUGGUGGCUGAUGAGAAGCGAGGGAUGGACAAGGAGUCCCUCCGUCCCCCUUUCUCGUGCUUGGGACCAUUUCGCCAAAAUUUGAGGCCGCAGAGAAGGCCCCAGCGCAGGCGACGCAGCCUCCCCUCCUUUCCCGCCACAGCCAACAUCUCCCCACCCUUCACCUGCUCGGCCAAUGCGCAUGCCCCGACUCCACCAGGCUGGGAGCCCGCCGGCCCAGCCCUACGCAUGCGCAGCCUCCCUGCUGCAGGAUCUCUUGGGGCCGCCGGGCCGGUGUCGGUCUCUCGCAGCGAUGCAGGGAGGCUGCUAGGUCCGCCAGCAGCUGCGGAGCGGCGGGGGUGGCCCAUGGACCUGCCGGAGCGCCGCGCGGGUGGCGCCGCCGCGCCAAAAAUGUACCUCUGGGACCGGCCCGAGGAGGGGAGCCUGGGGGCGCUGCUCAGCUUAGAGGAGCAAGUACUCAACUCCACGUUUGAAGCCUGUGACCCCCAGAGGACAGGCACUGUGGCUGUGACCCACGUACUAGCCUACCUGGAGGCUGUGACAGGACGGGGCUCCCAGGAUGCACGCCUCCAAACACUGGCCUGCAGCCUGGACCCCAACGGAGAGGGCCCUCAGGCCACCGUGGAUUUGGACACCUUCCUGGUCGUCAUGCGGGACUGGAUCGCUGCCUGUCAGCUGGAUGAGGGAUUAGAGCUGGAAGAGGAGACGGCCUUGGAGGGGGCCCUGACCUCCCGGCAGCUGCCAUCUGGAUGCCCAGAAGCUGAGGAGCCAGCCAACCUGGAGAGCUUCGGUGGCGAAGACCCCAGACCUGAGCUGCCCGCCACGGCUGACCUGCUGAGCAGCCUGGAGGACCUGGAGCUCAGCAACCGCCGGCUGGCCGGGGAGAACGCCAAACUGCAGCGCAGCGUGGAGACGGCUGAGGAGGGGUCCGCGCGCCUCGGGGAGGAGAUCGUGGCCCUGCGCAAGCAGCUUCGCAGUACCCAGCAGGCUCUGCAGUUUGCCAAGGCCGUGGAUGAGGAGCUGGAGGACCUGAAGACUCUGGCCAAGAGCCUGGAGGAACAGAAUCGCAGCCUCCUGGCCCAGGCCCGGCAGACGGAAAAGGAGCAGCAGCACCUGGUGGCCGAGGUGGAGACUCUGCAGGAGGAGAACGGGAAGCUACUGGCCCAGCGGGAUGAGGUGAAAAGGAGGAGCGAGGAGCUGGCCACAGAGAAGGAUGCAUUGAAGCGACAGCUCUAUGAAUGUGAACGCCUCAUCUGCCAAAGAGACGCCAUCCUCUCCGAGCGCACUCGCCACGCGGAGAGUCUGGCCAAGACCGUGGAAGAGUACAGAACCACAACCCAGGAACUGAGGCUAGAAAUAUCACACUUGGAGGAGCAGCUGAGUGAGACCCAUGAGGGGCUGGAUGAGGUACCUGAAGGGGCUCAGGUGAGAAGAGUGGACUGGACCAGGCUGCUGCCCCUGUCACUGGGUGUGGAGAUUGAAGCCAUUCAGCAGAAACAAGAAGUGGCAGCCACCGAGCUCUCCAGCCCUCUGUGUGGAGUGUGGCAGUGGAAGGAGGUCAUCAGUGAGACCAAUGAGGAAGCUGAGUUUCCACUUGAAGCCCCAACAAGGAGACAGAGAAGCUUCCAGGAGGAGCCAGCGCACCCUCAAAGAAGGAAGGAGCGAUCGAUGUGGUUACCCAGAAGAGAAGAAGAGGAGGAAGUGGAGACCCAGGUCACGGCUGAUCUCCUCCCCAUCCCUCUGGGAGACCGUCACCCUGGAGACAUCCCAGGAAGCCCUCCUGAGAGCAGCCCCGCCGAGCCAGAGCUGCAGCGGGCGCUGGUGCCUGUGGUCACAGAGCUGGUCCCAGUCUCGAGGCCGGUCUGUGGCCAGCUCUGCCUGGCCCCCCUGCACCCCCAGCAGCUCAGGGUCGCUCGGCAUCCGCUGGUCCCGGUGCCCGUGCUGGGCCUGCUGCUGCUGCUGCUGCUCUCCGUCCUGCUGCUCGGCCAGUCCUCGCCCCCCACCUGGCCCCACCUCCAGCUCUACUACCUCCAGCCGCCCCCCAUGACGGCGGUGGAAAGGUCUAGAGUUUGGAAGUCGCACAGAUUUGGUUCCAGUUAUCCUCUGUCCUUCACUAGCGCUGACAACUUGGGGAAAUUACUCUUGACUGAGUCGUUUCUUUAUUUGUAAAAUUUGGCCAACUCUGGAUGGGUUUGAGGAAGACAACUGUCCCUUCAGUAUUCAGGAUCCGGAAGGAGCGAAACAGGCCCACCUCCACAGCCUAAGGGCCAAUGAGGGCGCGGUGCGCCUCCAGGAACUGCAAAUGAGAGGGGAGCUUGCCAGUCACCAAGCGCCAGCCCCGCCCCCUGCCCGCGCGCGGAGGCGCCCAGCUCCACCCUCACCUCUAGGCCAAUCAGAGCGAGGUCCGCGCGACCUGUGCCCGGGUGCGCAGUUCAGACGCCCGCCGCUGCUGGGAGGGGUUGCCAUGGUCACCACUGAGGGGCCGCGCUGAACAGCUGGCGACCUCCGGGGAGAGAGGCAGCUUCUGAUUGGCUACUUCCUAGCUCCCCCGGCGGCCCAGGUGUCUCCCCUCCUCCGUCCCCGCCCUCCCGGAGCCCAACGCCUGGUCCCCUCUCUCCUGUUCCCCCACCCUAAUCUGGAGCCCCAGUGGUCUCCCAGGAAGGCUUCGGUGAGAAAACCCUGAAGAAACUGCUGGAGGGUGCUGCGAGAGAGCGGAAACCCUUUUCUAAUGAAAGCGUUUUGCUUUCAUUAAGCACUGUGCUUAACGAAGCGGGGCUCUGUGCUGAAGUCUUCUGGUGUAUCUGGUUUAAUCCUCCUUAGACAUGAGGAAAAGGAGGCUCAGAGGUUAAGAAGCCCUUCCCAAUAUCAUACAGCUGGGUUUGGGGGAACCUGGUCUCGAGCGGCAGGUGCAUCUCACACCAGAACCCCCGAUCUUUCCACUGCGCCCCGAGAGAAGUCGGGAAGUGACCAGAGAGUGAAAAAUGAGAGCUGGAAGAAAGUAAGAGACGGAGGCCCAAAGGAAGAAAGAAAAGGAAGACACGGAGGAAUCAGAGAAAAAAAGAAA